CCACAAGCAAGACAGGUCCCUCCCCUUUCCUCUAGUCUCUGAAAGCACAUUCUCUGAACUCUCAAACGAUUCUACUUGAAACUGCCUCGAUCAUCUCACCUGUGCCCAACCGACAGAACUCAGGUAGAGGAGCCAGACAUGAAGUGGCCACUGGGCAUCACACUCACAUUCCUGCUGAUCGUUCAGAACUUCCAACAAGUAUCCACCCAGAUACCUGAUGAGUUGGAAAAAAGUAAUGGGACAAUACUUGAGCGUGACAAUGGAAAAGAGCCAUCUGAUGAGGAAACAACUGCUGUACCAAUUGAAGGAAGUGAGGGUGACCCACAAAGCAAUGCGUAUACACAGGCCAAUCCAACGACGAGCGGACUAUCAAAUGGCUUACAUUUGUAUAAUGAAAGUGAAAAACUGGAACUGAAUUCCUCAAAGAUUGAACAGAUCCCCGAAGCAACACAAGGGCUGCCUGUUAACGGCACAGAGGAAGUUAGUUCUUUCGGCCCUCUUGUAACAAUAACACCACCUCUUAUGAUCCCUCUUAAUUCAAGUAUCGAAAUCUCAGAUACAUCGGCAGAAUCCAAUGAAACACAGACCGAGUGGUCAGCCUCAAAUACCCCCACACCAGAGCCUGAGCAGACAAGUCAAACUACUCCUAAAAACACAUAUACUAGCUCAAAACCAGACCCUACCACAGCACAGAGCAGUCCUGACGAACCGGGUUCUGGAUAUUUGCCCUCAGAGGUAGAACCUGCCAAUGGCACUACAAAGAGUCCGACCUCCACAACAAAAGAUAUGAUGUACAGAACUACUGUGACGCCAUCUGAACCACCCGUUUACACAACAACAAAGCCAGUGAUUCCACCAGCCGUUCCAGAGGAGGUCACAACUGCCGCCCCAGACAACCAGACUGGACCUUUUGACUCCAGGGGGAAUUCUGAAAGAGGUUUAUCCUCAGAUGUUACAGAGCAAAAGGAAAAGAAGGGACAGGGAUUGGCUAUCAUCCUGGGCAUUGGGCUUUUUGUGGGGGUCAUUGCCUUGGCAGCAUUUAUCGUCAUAAAUCAAAGGAACAAAAGAGACUUCUCUCACAGAAAACUAGUGGAGGAGAUGUCACCUGAUCCAGUUCUCAGGCUGGACAACAUUGAGCCACUGGACUUGAAGUUUGAUGGAUUUGGUUACCACAAUCCAGGACUAGAAGGGGACAACAUCCAGAUGACCAACUUUCCACAUGGACAUUCAAACUAAGAAGAUAUCUGAAAUGCCAAAGACACUUUAUUUAAUAUUGCACCCAUGUUAAAAUUGUAAUGAAGAUAGAUGUAAUGAAGAAAAUAUUGUCAUUUUUCAAGUGAUUUGCCAAAUACAUUAUUAAGGCAAUUUUAAACAAAUAAUUAAUCAAAACUUUUUUUUAUUCUAGUUUUGUUUAAUUUUUCAGUCUUUAGACUGCCUGAAGAAACCAAAAACUGAAGAAUAAUAAUUUGAGGUACUGUAGGAUCUACGCUUCUCUCUAAAUGCUGUUUUGCUCCUGAAGGUCAACAAAAUAGUUCACUUGACAUAAAUACAUUUUGUAGCAUGUCAAAACCACACUUAACUUUUGAAUGCCAAAGUAUCCAAGGUGAUAUGAUAUGAUGACCACCAUGAAGACACAGCUCCUCUAUGCACAUUUACUGUGUUUUUAUUUAAGUACAAUUGAGUUACAUGACACAGGCCUACUACAUUUCUUAUAGAUCACCUACAAUUUUUUAAGAAUAUAUAAAUUCUAAAAACUUUGUUUGUAAUCUGAAAAUGUACUGUAAAACAAAAAUAGAGAAUCAAUAAUAUGAAAAUCAAUUUUAAGAUAUAAAUUCAAAUAAAUUGUAAAAAAUGAUCAAAUAAGAUCUCAGUGUUUGUGUAAGUAUCUCAUAUUUUAAAGGAAUGUUCAAGCUUCAAUACAAGUUAAGCUUGUUAACAGCAUAAUGUUGAUCACCAAAAAUGAUUUUGACUCAUCCCUCAAUUAUUUAAAGGAAUGUUUCCUGUUUAAUACAAGUUAAGCUCAAUCGAAAGCAUUUGAAGCAUAAUGUUGAUUACCACAAAAAUAUAUUCUGACUUGUCCCUCCUUUUCUUAAAUAAAAGAAAUAAAAAGAAGCAAAAAUCUGUGUCACGCACUUACAAUGGAUGUGAAUGGGGCCAAUUUGUUAACAUUAAAAUACUCCCUGUUUCAAAAGUAUAGCCACAAGACAUAAAUAAUAUUUACGUUAACAUGACUUUAGUUUGUUAAAAUCACUUUCUAACCUUUUCUGUGUAAAGUUAUAGUCGGUUGCCAUGACAACAAAACUGUCUAAUCCCUA